AUGAGCGCGGCUUUCCAGCCCUCGCUGAUGAUGAUGCAGCGCCCGCUGGGAAGCAGCACGGCCUUCAGCAUCGACUCCCUGAUCGGCAGCCCCCCGCCGCCCGCCCCCGGGCACUUCGUGUACACCGGCUACCCCAUGUUCAUGCCCUACCGGCCCGUGGUGUUGCCGCCGCCGCCGCCGCCGCCGCCCGCGCUGCCGCCCGCGCUGCCGCCCGCGCACCCGCAGCACCACCCGCUGCCCAGCCUGCCCUCCGGCUUCUGCUCCAGCCUGGCGCAGGGCAUGGCGCUCACCUCCACGCUCAUGGCCACGCUGCCCGGCACCUUCCCCGCGUCCCCGCAGCACCAGGAGGCCGCCAGGAAGUUCGCGCCGCCGCCGGGCAACUUCGAGAAAGCCGAGGGCAUCCCCCCGGACGGCGGAGGCGACGACGGGAAAGCUUUCCUGGGCAAGGACGGAGCGCUGCUGCCCUUCCCCGCCGCCGACGCCGUGCAGGCUUCCCUCGCCGGGGCUCUCCGCGGCCAGGGCAAGGAGGACGCCAAGGCGGAGGAGGAGGCGAAAGGCAAGGAGGAAAGUUUCUCCAUGGACAGCGAUCUCGAUUACAGCUCGGACGACAACAUCGCCGGGCAGGCGGCUCACAAGGAGGAGGACUCGGGCGCGGCGCUGGAGGAGAGCCCGCAGAGCGCGCCCGGCUCCGGCAGCACCACGGCCACGGGCAAGAACCGGCGGCGGCGAACAGCCUUCACCAGCGAGCAGCUGCUGGAGCUGGAGAAGGAGUUCCACUGCAAAAAGUACCUGUCCCUCACCGAGCGCUCCCAGAUCGCGCACGCCCUCAAACUCAGCGAGGUGCAGGUGAAAAUCUGGUUCCAGAACAGGCGGGCCAAGUGGAAACGGGUCAAGGCGGGCAACGCCAACUCCAAGACGGGGGAGCCCUCGCGGAACCCCAAGAUCGUGGUGCCCAUCCCGGUGCACGUCAGCAGGUUCGCCAUCAGGAGUCAGCACCAGCAGCUGGAGCAAGCCCGACCCUGA